AUGGGAGUUUAUAUUAUUAAUAAUCAUCAAACUCUCUGUUGGUUUAGAAGAGCUCCAAAAUUUUUGACGAUGACAAAAGGUAACUUGGUAAUCUAUGCAUGAUAAUUUUCUAUUAUUAUAAAUGUGACCUGGCAUGGAUUAAAUCAAGGGAUUAAAUAUGUUGAAAUUUUCUUAGGGGUAAAAUGAUUCAUAUUUCUAGGCCAAAUGACUAAAAUGAUUCAUAUAAAGUUCAUUUGAAGAUAUAAAUUAUGCACAAAAUGGUAUGUUAACAUUAUGUUUUCAAAUUAUUAUGAAUUUCACAAGGUCAAUAUGUAUGUUCCCAUGAACUUUUGGGCACAUGCAACUAGUUCUUGAGAUGAUCAUUAUUGUCUAAUAAGAUGUGGAUAAAGGGCCUUUUUGUCCAUAACAUAAAAGAGAAAGGGCUCAUGACAGAGACUUCAUUUGAAAGAGAAAGAGCUACUCAAACUUUGAAUGUUAUUCCCCACAUUGGAAGUUAAGCUGAUGGAGGAGACUUAAUUUGUUCAAUGUUAUAUGACUUUAUAACUAAGAAAGACACUUUAACCUCAUGAUUACAGCUAAUUACUUCCCUCAAUCAAUUAUCAAAUUAAUUGUACUGAUUCUAUGAGACAACUUGAUGAUUUUUGAAAUAAUAUUGGAGCCCAAAAUGUAAUAUAGUUUGACUUCCUUCUACCUUGAGGUCAUAGAGAAAAAGAAAAUAAUUGAUAGCCUUUAGAUAUAAUUCACAUGCUUGUUGACAUCACUAACAUAGUUAAAACUCACCAACUAUGUAUUAUCCAUCACUAUAAUGAUGGAUAUUAUCCAUCAUAUAUUUCUUUUAAUAGAUUCUUAUGUAUCAAGCAAUAAUGUCAAAGCUCACCAUACCUUUUACAUUGAUUCAAAGCUUUUUAUAUUUGACUUUUCAUACCAAUCUCAUAAUCUCUUCUUCUUUGGACUUUCUAUAAGUUGCUCAUCAUGUGGAGCGUUUAGUAAUAAAUCCUAAAGUUGAGGACUCUUUAAUUAGUCAUCUAGAAGGAGUGCAAUGCUCACAUGAUAUGUUUCAAGGUAUCAUCAAUAAAGUUAAUAAUGUCAAACCCUUGCAUGUUGAUGAAAAAUAA